UUAAGAUGGCUGCGCCCACAAAUGCGGGGUUAGGCGUGCUUUUUAUGUAGGAUUGGGGUAAUAUUUUAUCAUUUUUGACGGAAAGUGAUUUCUGCUGAACAGAACAGCUUUAAAGUUUCGAAGCAAUGAAAUGGCACUUUAUGCAGAUGUAUGCAAGUAGUACCAGAACUUCAGAAGCAAAUUAAGUCAGGUUUUUAAACUUUAUGUGGGGGCACGUUUUUAGGUUUGUUGGAAGACCAUUCCACUUGACCAUUGUGCAUAGAAAGAAAGAUAUUUUAAAGUGAUUCGCCUUGGUGAAGAUAGAAUAGAAUAGAAGUGGGGGAUUGGACCUCUGCCGGCUCAUACAUUAUUGUGUUUUGAAGGUGAUGAAAUUCUCAGCUUCAACAAUUUGAACCAAAAAAGUUUACAUAUUUUGUCGCUAAUCAAAAUGAGCCAGAGCAUGCUUUUAAGAGUUGCCUACAGGUGGGGCCAUGUGGAGGGCAGGACAUUACACAAAAUGAAUGGACUACUGCUUAGGACUAUCAAUAGUUCAAAACACUGGCCAAAUGUACGGUCUAUAAGUGUGACCAGUGUCCAGUUUGCUAAGCUGUCUACUAAUCUGGAGGAUAAUGGUAUCAAAGACUAUCUUGAGAAAGUUUCUCAAAAGGGUAAAAAGCCUAAAAAGAUAGUAAAAAGGAAUCCAGACAGGCAGCAAGAUUAUGAAGUAGAUGUCUUUGAGCUGCAAGAAAUGUUGCAGAAGGAGAGUCAAAUGGAUGAUCAGUCACUGAUGAGUAAAUACAAAAUCAGAGUUAAUAGACAAGAUGCCCCUGCAGGUGUGACACCACUGGACACUGUGGACAGGAGACUGAAAAAACAGGAAGAGGAUGAAGAAGUUGUAUUUGGAAAAAUAAGUGAAAAUCUUGAAGAUCACCUAAGAGAAAGAGGUCAUCUAAAAACUAAAGAGAUAGCAUUUCACUCGCCAAAAUCAGCAAAACAAAGGCGGAGAAAGUUUUCUCAGCGAACUGAAGUCGACAAUUACAAUACUAAAAAUCCACGAAAAUUUUCCAAGAAAAAACAAACAACAUAUGAGGAAUCCUUUGGACAGUUUGACCCCACAUUUCGGGCAUCUCGUUCAUACCUGAAGACCCAUGGCAUGCUGAAGGAUAGAGGAGAGUACAGAGGACUGACCAGAGAGAAGAAAAUGGUCAUAGUGGAUGACCACGAAGAGUUGAGACGCAUGCCAGAGGUGGACCAUAACGUGGUGGAGAAAGCUGAUAGCUGGGGGUCAAGGUCAGUGGACACUGACCACACCAGGGAGGAAGAGGAUUCUCCUGAAUGGGAAGACACUUUUGGCACUUUGUCAGAAGAAAGCACUCCCAUUGGUCAAGGACAAUUGUACACUUUUAAUGAAAAGUACAAAGAUAUUGUAAAUCAUGCCGAAGAGGAAAAACCUUUCAGACGUUUGUCUCAAUUUGACCGAAAACAUGAUCUUCAUUUCUACCAUAUGAAAAUCAAGAGAAAAAUUGAAGAAGGCAAAAUUGAAGAAGCACUUGCAGUGCUUGAGGAAGACAUGUUGGAGAAGGACCGUGUACUUCCAGACACAUACAUAUAUACAUUGCUUAUCACUGGACUGGGGAAGGUUGGCUACACUUGGAAGGCAUUCAAACUGUUCAAUCAGAUGAAAAAAAGAGGAAUGACUUAUAUCCACCCCAAAACUUACACCUCUCUCUUCAAUGCCUGCUCAAAUGCCUAUGACAAGCGAGAUGGCCUAAGUAGAGCCAGGAAUCUCCGAGAAAUGAUGUUCCUAAAGGGCGUAGAGACGGCAUUUAUCACAUACAAAGCCAUGAUUAAAGCCUUUGGGAUUUGUGGAGACAUUCAGACAGCUUUUUUGUUAGUGGAUGAGAUGGCUGAAAAAGGUCACCAGAUUGACGUUGAAGUUUUCAGUUUCCUUCUGAUGGCUGCUAUUUCAGACAAAACUGCAGGGUUCCAGCAUGCAAUCAAGGUGUACCACACCAUGCUACAGAUGAGGAUUCCUCCAGAUAUCUAUAUCUUCAACCUUCUAAUGGAAGCUGUCAGACUCUGUGGAGUUCAGGAUGCUAAUGCUGUGGUGGAAUCAGGAAGGAAAGCUCAGAUCAUGAUUCAAAAGCAGGGUGAGAUGGAGACACUCCAAACCAUGAAGAGGAUGGAAAUGAGAAAAAUGAGGGAAAUGAAAAAGAAAAAGAAGAAAGAGGCAAAGAAACAAGAAUCCAGUGAAACGGAGAAUGGAGAUAGCAUGAAGGCGGAGACUGUCAAUUCAUCAGUGAAUCUUCCUGUAAAAUUAACCACCACAGAAAGUGGACUAGACAUCCUACCAGAAAAUAAACCAGAACAAAUUGAAGGUAUAACCAAGAAUAGACUGUCCCUGGUGGAAAAAGGGCCCUCUCAGGUUCAAGAGACACAUGUACCAAAUUUGCUCAAGGUGAACACCCUUGAUCAGGUGGUUUCCAUAGGCCCCAUAGCAACUGCCAGUGACAGGCUGGCUCUGAUUGGUGGAACAGCAGGCAUCCUGGAAAUCCUGGCGAUGCAUCAAAUACAACCAGACGUGAGGUUUUUCACCCAGUUGCUGGACUCCGUGGAACAGAACAAAGACGCGGAGGUGGAGGUGCUGGCGCAAAUGGACAAGACCGGGGUGGUUGGUGAUGUAGGUUUUUAUAGUAGACUGAUCAGAAGGCGGAACAUGAGGCAAGAUUAUGAGGAUGCCAAGGAAGUUUUAGUGCUGAUGUCUGAGAAAGGUAUAUUUCCCAAUAUGAACACAUUUGGUUGCCUGGCAAUGGGAUGUACAAACAGACACUUGGCCAACCAGCUCUUAGAGACAAUGGAUAGUGCAGCCUUUUAUCCCAAUAGUGUGAUUUUUGCCAUAUUUGCAAAGCAAUCUGGAGACAACUUCUUGUACAAACUAGAUCUCCUCAAAAAGAUGGAGUCCCUGGACAUACAACCAAAUGAUAAGUUUAUCAUGUACAUAGAGGACUCUAUUGCAAAAGCGAAGAGAAUCAUAAAAAUAAAAGAGUUACCCCCAGGAAAGCAGGCCAAGUUCAAGCCAGUGCCUAAAUUUUGUGAUGACCAGUGGUACGAGCAUUAUAAAACCUUCAUACAGGAGUGGACUCCAUGGCUUAAACGGACCAUGUAUCAGAAGCCUGAGCACCCCUGGUCAAGAUUUGGACACGAGAAACAAGUUCAGAUUCUGGCUGAGAAGCAUGAAAAGAGGAAAAAGAAAAGAGAAGAAUAUCUUAGUGAGCUGGAAAGAAUGAAGGAAGAGGUGUAAGAUUGAAAGUCUAAAUUUGACAAGUCGGCCAAGUGCAUUGCCCUCUCUCUCUCAUUUCACAUUUUACUGACCAUGAACAGUGUAGAGAGAUGUAGUAUCUUCUAUCUUGUCCCAUUGUUUCAUGAUUUAUAGAAGUAAAGAGUAAAAUGAUUUACUCCAAAAACUGCAAUAUUCAAACUUUGUACAAAAAUUGUUAAUAGCAGCAAAUGUCUGCAGGAACCAAAUAUACUUGGACUUAGUCUGUUUCAUAAAGUAUACUUGUGAAGAUUGCAACCAGAUACUAGUGAAAAUCGGAAUUGCCAUAACAUUUAUGGUGCUAUAAUUCAGUUAGAUUUCAAUAUUUGUCAUUGUUAUUGACCAUGAAUCAGUUUACAUAUUAUAAAUAUAACUAUGUACUGUUUGAAUGGUAUUUAA